UCUUACAAGAAUCCGCUAUCGGCUGUGUGCACAACCGGAAUCAUGUCUAGUUUGGCGGUGAGAGACCCGGCAAUGGAUCGAUCGCUGCGUUCCGUGUUCGUGGGGAACAUCCCGUAUGAGGCAACUGAGGAGCAGUUAAAGGACAUUUUCUCGGAGGUUGGUUCUGUUGUCAGUUUCCGUCUCGUAUAUGAUAGAGAGACGGGAAAACCCAAAGGUUAUGGCUUCUGCGAGUACCAAGACCAGGAGACCGCGCUUAGUGCCAUGCGGAACCUCAAUGGGCGUGAGUUCAGUGGGAGAGCGCUUCGGGUGGACAAUGCUGCCAGUGAAAAGAAUAAGGAGGAGUUAAAAAGCCUGGGGCCUGCAGCACCCAUCAUUGACUCACCCUAUGGGGACCCUAUCGAUCCAGAAGAUGCCCCUGAAUCAAUUACCAGAGCAGUUGCCAGUCUCCCUCCGGAGCAGAUGUUUGAGCUGAUGAAGCAGAUGAAGCUCUGCGUCCAAAAUAGUCACCAAGAAGCUCGAAAUAUGUUACUUCAGAAUCCACAACUGGCUUAUGCGCUUCUGCAAGCACAAGUAGUGAUGCGAAUCAUGGAUCCUGAAAUUGCUCUGAAAAUUCUGCAUCGCAAGAUACAUGUAACACCACUGAUCCCAGGCAAAUCUCAGACUGUGUCUGGCCCUGGGCCUGGGCCUGGGCCUGGGCCUGGGCCUGGGCUAUGCCCAGGACCUAAUGUUCUACUGAACCAACAGAAUCCUCCAGCUCCUCAGCCUCAACAUUUGGCUAGAAGACCUGUUAAGGACAUUCCUCCUCUGAUGCAGACUCCUAUCCAGGGUGGAAUUCCAGCUCCAGGACCAAUACCUGCAGGAGUUCCUGGACCUGGUCCGUUAACUCCUGGAGGAGCAAUGCAGGCACAAGUUGGAAUACCAGGAGUUGGUCCGGUGCCUUUAGAACGGGGACAAGUACAGAUGUCCGAUCCUAGAGCUCCUAUGCCUCGUGGACCCAUGACUGCUGGUGGCCUACCUCCUCGAGGACUGUUAGGAGAUGCUCCAAAUGACCCACGCGGCGGGACUCUGCUUUCAGUUACUGGAGAAGUAGAACCCAGGGGUUAUCUGGGUCCACCCCAUCAAGGUCCCCCCAUGCACCAUGCCUCUGGUCAUGACACCCGUGGCCCUUCCUCGCAUGAUUUGAGAGGAGGGCCAUUAUCAGAUCCCAGAUUGCUAAUUGGAGAGCCUAGAGGACCCAUGAUAGAUCAAAGGGGUCUACCUAUGGAUGGUAGAGGAGGUAGAGAUUCUCGUGGGAUGGAGGCUCGAGCCAUGGAAACAGAGGUCUUAGAGACAAGAGUGAUGGAGAGAAGAGCAGUGGAAAGUUGUGCAAUGGAAGCCAGAGGGAUGGAAGCAAGAGGCAUGGAUGCAAGAGGAUUAGAGAUGAGAGGCCCUGGCCCAGGUUCAAGAGGCCCCAUGACUGGUGGAAUCCAGGGUCCUGGUCCCAUUAAUAUAGGGGCAAGUGGUCCUCAGGGACCUAGACAGGUCCCAAGCAUUUCAGGAGUGGGAAAUCCUGGAGGUGGCAUGCAGGGGGCAGGUAUACAAGGAGCAGGUAUGCAGGGAGCAGGCAUACAAGGAGGAGGAAUGCAGGGAACAGGCAUACAAGGUGUAGGCAUACAAGGAGCAGGUAUGCAGGGGGCAAGCAAGCAAGGUGGAGGCCAGCCAAGCAGUUUUAGUCCUGGGCAGAGUCAGGUAACUCCACAGGAUCAAGAAAAAGCAGCUUUGAUCAUGCAGGUUCUUCAGCUGACCGCAGAUCAGAUUGCCAUGCUGCCACCCGAGCAAAGGCAGAGUAUCCUGAUUUUAAAAGAACAAAUCCAGAAAUCCACUGGAGCGUCUUGAAAGGUUUUUAAAAAUACUUGGUUGUAGUUUCAUAGAGUUUAUUCUGUAGCAUAGAAAAUGGGUGCAAAAAAGCUGAUUUCUGCAUCCCUACGUACUUUAAUGAUAGGGUUUCCCUCCUAGAACCUAAUCACAUUUCUCGUUGUCUUUUGUGUUUUCAUUUUUAACUGAGGGUAGGGGGUGGAGGGAGUGGGGCUGUUCACUUUUAAGUCACUGUAAAUAUACAAAAAUAAUUCUGAAAAUGAUUAUACUAUACCAAAUAAGAUUACAAAGAAUGCAGCAAUAUUAUAGUCUCUGCACAAUGUUAACUACAUUUUUAAAAUAUUGGGUAAAACAAUGUGAAAACUGCACAUAAAGACUAAAAGGCAACCUGUUAAAUGUUAGUGUUUAAAGAUUUUUGGUUGUAGAAAACAUUUACCUCAAAAUAUAAGAUAUUUUUUGGUAAACCAUUCAAAAUACAGAAUCCUAUUUUGGAGGCAAUACAGCUUUGUAUUAGAUUAAACAUUGUUUUAGUUUUGGAAUUAUUUUGAAGUGUUAGGGCUAACAGGAUGAGUUUAAAUAUGUGGUUUUAGAGUUUUUUUAAAAAGCUGUUACCUGAAAAAUCAAGGAAUCCACCUGGUUUAAUGUAGUUCAUUUAUACUUCUCUUCAGAGACGAGCAGUAUUCUGCCCUGGCCCUGGCUGUGAUGAUUUUACAGGGAUAGUUCUAGGAUAAACCAGGUUACUUAAGUCUCCUCUGAUGAGACCCAGUAAUUUCUCAGUACCUUCCUGUUUCUCAAGAGUCUUUAAGCCCUAAAUCUGAAUCUGAGUGAUUCUUACAUCCUUCCCAAAAAAUCAGUGUCAAAGGACCAUCUGAGUGAGGAGGAUGCACAGCACUCGGCUUUUCAUAAAUAGUGGAAGGUUUCUUUCAGUAAAGCUCCCAGUUUCCUUGUAACUAUAGCUUUCACGUAUAGAUGGUAUCCAUUUGGUCAGUGAGAAUCAGGAGUUAAAAAUCUUAGCCUCAACAUUUAGCAUGCCUUUUUUUCUUGUUUCAUAAACUGCUUUUUCUAUUGCCAUUGUAUCAGAUCAUUGAGGCAAAGAUAGGUAGAGAUGUUCUAGACUGAAUACUUGCUCAGUUGACUUAUUACUCACUUUUGACAAGUCAUUUAAUCCUAAUAUACUUAUCCAUAAGAUAUACUUAAAAUCAAUAGGAAAGUGGAACUUAACACGUUUCCUUUUGAGGUACCGUCUAAUUUAAUUUUAAACCUUGAGGAUGUGGACACAUAAACAUUUUAUCACAGUCUAAGCAGUAAUUAACAGAAGAGUAAACUCCCAGAUGACCAGGUGAUUUUCCUCUGGAAAAGGAAACCCAGUAUCUAGUUACAGAAGGAAAAAUAUCUUAAUACAAGGGACAAUAUUGACACUUAGAAAUGAAGUUAUUUUCCCUUUGCCAGGCUUUUACAUUUUGAAUGGAUAAUUCAUUCUCAUUUUACAAAGUUUUCAUUCCUAUGCUGUUCUUUGCUGUUUGCUUUGCUCUUUGUUGUGGUGGUUUAUACUGUUAAAUUUCUUGUGUUUUCUGUUUCUCCUGUAUUAGAGAAGAUAAUUCACCUGUGUAUGUGUGAAAGUUCUAGUUAAUAUUCAUUUAGAGUUUGGCUUGGUUACUUUGAAAUUGUAGUUGCUUUAUCCUAAAGCUUUCACUGAAGGGCUCUAGUUGUGAAAACUAUUACAUUAUAAUCUUUGUUCUAGUAAAAUCUCUGCAUUGUUUAAUGAAAACUAAAUAAAAACAUUGUACAGUUAA